GUCGCUGCAUUUAUCAUUGUUUUGCUGUUGUCUUGCUUACGUUUUAACUUCGGGAUAGCUCAUUAUACUACACUUACACUGUUACACACCAUGGUGUAUUGAGCUACAGGGUCCAUAACUUAAAAUGCUGUUUGGUUUGCGUAAUGGUCGAUGAUGUCGAAUGAUAGCAGCGGCGAAUUCGCAACGGUGGAUUUAAACGCGCUACAGGAAUCGUGUAACUGGCGCAACCGUAGCAUUUUGGACUUUGCCCCAGAUCUUCCGGCAGUGCAGAUAGCGGAAUGGGUCCUUACCCCUGUUUGGCUGAUCUUGUGCACGCUGGGAAAUACACUGAAUAUUGUCGUACUGCGGACAGUGUCCACGUAUCACGCAACAUGCUUGCUGGCCAUGGCCGUAUUCGACUUAUUAGCGAUAUGGUUUCACUGCAUUUCAUACUACAUUUUGGAGCUCAACAAAUCUGAGAGUGCAUCCACCUUAAGGAGUGGAUUCUUCUUCGUUACAACUGCCGACGUUGGAUUCAUAGCUUCCGACUGGACACUAUUGGUCUUCAAUCUUUCUCAUCUCAUCAACGUUCUCUUCCCAUUGAAGAGUCGGACAAUCGUAACAUCGAGUCGAAUACGAGCUGUCAUUGUCCUGCUCGUAAUACUGGCUGUUGUGACGUGGCUCUUCGACUACAUCAAAACCUUCUCCUUGUCGGACGGCUACGAAGUUCAGCUGCAUGGUCGAUGGUUGCUGGAGUGGAGCACGGUCCACGCAAAAGGAGUGUCAUUUGUCAUCGUUUUCACUUUCUUUGCCAUCCUCUCAUCGAACGUUGUGGUUAUCUUAUUCCUGUUGUGCCGGUACAAAUCCCCCCAAGUCGCCGCCAAUACCAAUCCUCGCCCAUCGCGACAUAUAGCGGCUGUGCGCCUGCUGGUCCUGACCAGCUGUAUGAAUGCCAUACUGAAAGCUCCGUUCAUCAUGUACGAACUCCUGGAAAAUCUAUGCGCGUACCGGGUAUCCGAUGCAUCGCUCACGGUGUUUGAAGCGAUAAGAAUUCAUUCCUACUUCGCGAAUUAUUCUCUGGGUUUCUUCGUCUACUGUUUGGUCAAUCCGGACUAUGGAAAGAAAUCCUGGAAAAUCGUAACAAGAUUUUGCAAAAGAAAAGCGGCAAGACAUGUACAUCGCCGCCAAUUAACCCAACUUACUUCAAUAGUUUAAGCCACUGCUGGAUCAUGUCUUUUUUCCUCAUUUCUAUGAAAUUUUCGGUUUUACCUGACAUUAUGGGUGCUAUGUUCAUGCCUUUUAGUUUGGCAGCCUGAUGUUUUUUUUUAAAAAAAUAGUAUCUCGAAAAUUUUGGUAACUGUAAGUCAAAAAGCAGCAGUCAAAAAAUUCAGGACACUACUAAUUUUCGUAAUCGAAUUGCUUUG